AAAACAAGCUUAAAGGAAGAAGAGAGGGAAAGGGUCCCCGCACAAGUAAACGAUCAGACAACUAUUCUCCACAAUUCUUAUUUCAAUAUACCUCAAAAAAGAAAAAGAAAAAAACAUAUCACAACAAGUCUGAAGAACAACGCAAAAGCCUUUCCUAGUCGUAACCGAAACGCCAAACCCUUUACCGUUCAACUCUCUCUCUCUCUCUUCUCUAUUAAAAUGGAGAAAGGGAAUGGAUUCGAGGGAGAGAAUACGAAGAAGAAGAAGGAGACAGCUAAUGAUGGAUUUGUCGGUGGUUUUUUCCCUGUCUCUACCACCAAGAUCGCGUGGAAGUCAAGAAAAAGAUCAGCAUCUGUGAAUCCAGACAAGGCACCUGAAGCUGCUAUGGAACUCACACCAGAGAAGGAUGAGACAGCAACAGCAAUGGAAACUGAGAAAGUUGGGGAACCAAUGACCACAACUCCUGUUCUGUCUGAAAAAAGAAAAGCUCUGUUUGAGCCACUCGAACCCAUUACAAACUUGAACGGAAAGCGACCUACAGAUGCUGAUUCCCUCUUGCCACCGCCUGAUUUCGAGUCUGCAAACUAUCCUAAAGGGUGGUUGAUCGGUAAGAAGAGGAAGCUGGUGAAUGUCGAUGUGGUUGAGAGCAUGAGAAGAAUCGCUGUCCAAGAAAUGAACAGAAAGGAUCGAGAGAUAGAUGGGUUAAACGAGCAGCUAGAAGAGGACUCACGUUGCUUAGAGCAUUUGCAACUUCAGCUGCUACAAGAGAGAAGCAAGAGAACAGAGAUUGAAAGAGAGAACACAAUGCUGAAAGAGCAAGUUGAUAUGCUUGUCAACAUGAUCCAACAAGACGAAGAAGAAGUACCAGAAGAACCCUAGCUAGUAACUUAUCAUAUGUUUUUAUUCGUUUGUCCAUAAAAAAGGGAGGAAAGAAGCUUUACCACCAUCUAUUAUCUGGUUAAGCUACUGCUGUUAUUUCCUCCUGUUAGAACAAAUAAUAAUCAAGAACAACAUUAUAUAUUCUGAGUCAAGUUCUCUGCAAGGUUUUGAACCUGGGGAUGAUCUUCA